AUGGACGCCAGCACCCUGUCCAACUACCUUGCCGACUCACCGCCGACCGUGGUCAGGCUCGAAAUCGCUCCCCAUUUCGCCGCCCUGAACCCACAGCAGAAACGCUACGCACACCACCUCUCUCGUGCCGCCUUCCACGGCACACGCAUAACACUCGCGCAAGUCUCGUCCGAGUCCGUACCCAUCUAUGACCUCAUCGUCGCGAUCCACAAGGCCUGCGAUGGCGACUACAAGAAACUGGUGGAAAAGACCGGGGCGAGCGAGGAGCACGUGCGGCAGUGGCUCGAGUACGCGGCACAGUUUCUGGGCAAUUGCGGUAAUUACAAAGGAUUCGGAGACUCCAAAUUCAUUCCAAGGAUGGCGGCGGAGGAGCUUCAGAAGAUCAGCAACGUGAGUGCGGAGGCGAAGCGGCUGUUUGAGAAGGCGCAGAGCACGGGAGGGGGGAUCUAUGAGACCAAAAAGGCGGGGCUGAUGCAUCUGGGCUAUCCGGACCAGGGGCACAUGAGCACGUACUACCCGGAUAGUGAGGGGAUCACCAAGGAGGAGAUUCAGGUGGUCGGGGAUGUGUUGGAAGGAAAAGGUCUGCCAAUCGAGAACACGAGACUAAGGAAGACGAAAGAUGGUGACUUCGAGCUGUUGGUGGCCAGUGCGGAUGAACCGACAGGAGAUGAGCGAGACCUGAAGGGUGUAGAGGAGAUUGACCUGACAGGGAAUUUGGAAGGCAAGAAGCUGACAUUCGUCUUUGGUGACUACCGGGAACAGAUGGCGGCGGUGGAGCGAGAGAUCAAGCUGGCAGAAAAAGCGGCACUCAAUGACAAGGAGGCGAAGAUGAUGGCCGAAUACGCCAAGUCCUUCGGCAAGGGCAGCAUUGAAGCCUACAAGGAAUCGCAGCGGUGGUGGAUCAAGGACAAGAAGCCGAUGGUGGAAACCGACAUCGGUUUCGUGGAGACGUACCGCGAUCCUCAUGGCGUGCGUGGCGAGUGGGAAGGCUUCGUCGCUAUGGUCAACUUGGAGCGCACCAAAGCCUUCGAGAAGCUGGUCAACGCCGCUGGAACCUUUAUUCCUAAGCUGCCCUGGAGCACAGUCUUCGAAAAGGACAAAUUCCUGUCUCCCGAUUUCACGUCUCUCGAAGUUCUGAGCUUUGCCGGCUCUGGGAUUCCCGCCGGAAUCAACAUCCCCAACUACGACGACAUCCGCCAGAACCUAGGCUUCAAAAACGUCUCCCUCGGCAAUGUCCUCAGCGCCAAAGCCCCCAAAGAACCCAUCCCCUUUAUCCGCGACGCCGACGACGAAGUCUACCGCUCCUGCCGCGACCCGGCCUUCGAAGUCCAGGUCGGCAUCCACGAACUCCUCGGCCACGGCACGGGUAAACUCCUGCAAGAAACGUCACCGGGCACCUACAACUUCGACGUUAAAAACCCACCCUUAUCACCCAUCACCAACGAACCCGUACAAACCUGGUACAAGCCGGGCCAAACCUGGUCCAGCGUCUUCGGCAGCAUCGCCUCCUCGUACGAAGAAUGCCGCGCCGAGUGCGUCGCCAUGGCCCUCUCGUGCGAAUUCGACAUCCUCGCCCUCUUCGGCUUCAGCUCCUCCUCCGCAUCCUCAUCCAAAGAAGACCUCCUGACCUCCCCCGCCGGCGACGUCCUCUACGUCGGCUACCUGCAAAUGGCGCGCGCCGGCGUCGCCGCGCUCGAGUACUGGGACCCGAAAUCCAAGAAAUGGGGCCAGGCGCACAUGCAGGCGCGGUACUCGAUCCUGCGCACCUUCCUGUCCGCGGGCGGCGAUUUCUGCCAGUUGAAGCACACCAAGGACGACCUCUCGGAUCUCGAGAUCCACCUGGACCGCAGCAAGAUUCUGAGCCAUGGCCGCCCCGCCGUCGAGGCCUAUCUGCAGAAGUUGCAUGUGUAUAAGAGCACGGCUGACGUCGAGGCCGGGCGGAAGCUGUACGAGGAGAUCACGGGCGUGGAUGAGUGGUGGGCGGAGAAGGUGCGGCCUGUGGUGCUGAGCAAGAAGCAGCCGCGGAAGGUGUUUGUGCAGGCGAAUACUGUCUUGGACGAGGCUGGUCAUGUGAGGUUGGUCGAAUACGAGGCGAGCUGCGAGGGCAUGGUGAGGAGCUACGUCGAACGGGAUGUCUAG